AGCCGCGGGAGUCGCUCGUGGUCCUGCGCCCUCGCCGCACGCCGGGCGGGUCGGGGCGGCAUGGCGGGCGGCAUGGAGCCGGUGCCCCGCGAGGAGAAGCCUAACCCGCUGCAGGAUGCCAACCUCUGCUCCCGGCUCUUUUUCUGGUGGUUGAAUCCCUUAUUUAUUAUCGGCCAUAAACGGAGGCUUGAAGAAGAUGACAUGUAUAAAGUGAUGCCAGAAGAUUCCUCAGAGAAGCUUGGAGAAGAGUUGCAGUGGUACUGGGAUAAAGAGGUCCAAAAAGCAAAAAAGAGAGGAAAAACACCACAUUUAACAAAAGCCAUUAUUCUGUGUUACUGGAAAUCCUAUUUAGUUUUUGGAAUUUUCACAAUGAUUGAGGAAACCCUCAAAAUAAUUCAACCAAUUUUUUUGGGGAAAAUCAUUAAUUAUUUUGAAAACUAUGAUGCCUCAGAUGAGGUAGCUUUGAAUUUUGCAUAUUGCUAUGCUGGUGCUCUGUCUGUGUGCACACUUAUUCUGGCUAUCAUGCACCACUUAUACUUCUACCAUGUGCAGAGGGCUGGCAUGAAGCUGAGGGUGGCCAUGUGUCACAUGAUUUAUCGGAAGGCACUUCGUCUCAGUAAUGUAGCUAUGGCAAAAACUACCACUGGUCAGAUAGUAAACCUGCUGUCAAACGAUGUCAACAAAUUUGAUCAAGUAACAAUUUUCUUGCACUUCUUGUGGGCUGGACCACUUCAAGCUAUAGCAGUAACAGUACUUCUCUGGAUGGAAAUAGGCCCAUCAUGUCUUGCAGGAAUGGCAGUUCUGAUUAUUCUUCUUCCUGUGCAGACCUGCAUUGGGAGGCUUUUCUCUUCCCUCAGAAGCAAGACAGCUGCCUUAACAGAUGUCAGGAUUAGGACCAUGAAUGAAGUGAUAAGCGGUAUGAAGAUAAUAAAGAUGUACGCUUGGGAAAAAUCAUUUGCGGAACUUGUGAAUGGUUUAAGAAGGAAGGAGAUUGCCAUGGUUAUGAAAAGCUCUUACCUUCGAGGACUGAACUUAGCCUCGUUCUUUGUGGCAAGCAAAAUUACAGUGUUCAUGACUUUCUUGGCAUAUGUACUGCUUGGGAAUGUCAUCUCUGCAAGCAGGGUGUUUGUGGCAGUGUCCCUGUAUGGAGCAGUGAGACUCACAGUGACCCUGUUCUUCCCUUCGGCCGUGGAGAGAGUGUCCGAGUCGGUGAUCAGCAUCCGGCGGAUCAAGAACUUUCUGAUGCUUGAUGAGGUCUCACACUUCCAGCCACAACUGCAUGGCAGUAAUGAAAAUAUCAUUCUUCAUGUUCAAGAUUUGACUUGCUUUUGGGAUAAGACUUUAGAAACCCCAACACUUCAACAGAUUUCGUUUACUGUCAGACGAGGGGAGUUACUGGCUGUGAUUGGUCCUGUAGGAGCUGGAAAAUCUUCUCUCUUAAGUGCCAUACUUGGUGAGCUGCCUAAAGACAAGGGUUCGAUAAAUGUUACUGGAAGAAUUGCCUAUGUUUCACAGCAGCCUUGGGUGUUUUCUGGUACUGUUAGAAGUAAUAUACUGUUUGACAAGGAAUAUGAGAAAGAAAAAUACGAAAAUGUUUUAAAAGUCUGUGCUCUUAAAAAGGACUUGGAAUUAUUGGCGAAUGGUGACCUAACAGUAAUAGGAGAUCGUGGAGCUACUCUGAGUGGGGGACAGAAGGCCCGUGUAAAUCUGGCCAGAGCCGUGUAUCAGGAUGCGGACAUCUAUCUUUUGGAUGACCCACUGAGUGCAGUAGAUGCUGAAGUUGGAAGACAUUUGUUUGAAAAAUGUAUUUGUCAGGCCUUGCGUCAGAAGAUUUCUGUUUUGGUCACUCACCAGUUGCAAUAUCUCCGUGCUGCAAAUCAGAUUCUAAUUUUAAAGGAUGGUAAAAUGGUGGGCAAAGGUACCUAUGCAGAGUUCCUGAAAUCUGGCAUCGACUUUGCUUCCCUUUUGAAAAAAGAUGAGGAGGUGGUAGAACAGCUGUCAGUUCCAGGAACCCCCAACCUGAAGUCUGCCCGGAACCGAACCUUCUCGGAGUCCUCUGUCUUGUCCCAGGAUUCAUCCGUCCACUCACAGAAAGAUGGAGCUGUGGAACAACCACCUGGUGAAAAUGCACUGGCUGCAGUGCCAGAGGAGAGUCGACAUGAGGGAAAAAUAAACUUUAAAGUUUACAGGAAAUACUUCUCUGCAGGAGCAAACUACUUUGUGAUUUUUAUACUCUUAUUAUUUAAUAUUUUGGCACAGGUGGCCUAUGUGCUCCAGGACUGGUGGCUUUCUUACUGGGCAAAUCAUCAAGAAAAGUUGAAUCUCACAACAAAUGGAAAUAAUGGAACAAAUGUGCCUGAUCUAGACCUUAACUUUUAUUUGGGAAUUUAUGCAGGUUUAACAGUGGCUACAAUACUAUUUGGCAUAAUAAGAAGUCUUCUGGUGUUUCGAGUUCUUGUCAAUUCUGGUCAGAAUUUGCAUAACAAAAUGUUUCAAUCCAUUUUGAAAGCCCCUGUCUUGUUUUUUGACAGAAAUCCUAUAGGAAGAAUCUUAAAUCGUUUCUCCAAAGAUAUUGGCCACUUGGAUGACUUGCUUCCAUUGACCUUCUUGGACUUUGUGCAGACUCUCCUACAGAUUUGUGGUGUGGUGGCUGUGGCUGUGGCAGUGAUUCCUUGGAUGCUCAUCCCCUUAAUUCCACUAUUUAUUCUUUUCAUUUUUCUUCGACGAUACUUCUUAGACACUUCAAGAGAUAUUAAACGUCUAGAAUCCACAACUCGAAGUCCAGUGUUCUCCCACUUGUCGUCAUCCCUCCAGGGGCUUUGGACUAUUCGGGCUUUGAAAGCUGAGGAGAGAUUUCAAAAAUUAUUUGAUGCACACCAAGACCUCCACUCAGAGGCCUGGUUUCUCUUCUUGACAACCUCAAGGUGGUUUGCUGUGCGUCUGGAUGCCAUCUGUGCCAUUUUUGUUAUAGUGGUUGCUUUUGGUUCCCUGCUUCUCGCCAACACUCUGCAUGCGGGGCAGGUUGGUUUGGCACUCUCCUAUGCAAUCACCCUCAUGGGAACGUUCCAGUGGGGUGUUAGACAGAGUGCUGAAGUUGAAAACCUGAUGAUAUCAGUAGAAAGAGUGAUGGAGUACACAGAACUUGAAAAAGAAGCUCCUUGGGAGACCAACAAACAUCCACCACCUGAAUGGCCUAACCAAGGAAUGAUAGCAUUUGAGAAUGUUAACUUCACUUACAGUCUAGAUGGACCAUUGGUUUUAAGACAUUUGUCUGCUGUAAUUAAACCAAAAGAAAAGGUUGGAAUAGUGGGAAGAACUGGAGCUGGGAAAAGCUCUCUGAUAGCAGCCCUCUUUCGCUUGGCAGAACCUGAAGGAAGGAUUUGGAUUGAUAUGUACUUGACGUCAGAGCUGGGACUCCAUGACUUGCGGAAGAAAAUUUCAAUUAUACCUCAAGAGCCUGUUUUGUUCACUGGAACUAUGAGGAAAAACUUAGAUCCUUUCAAUGAAUACACUGAUGAAGAGCUGUGGAACGCCUUGGAAGAGGUGCAACUGAAGGAGGUUGUGGAAGACCUACCCAACAAAAUGGAGACACAGCUGGCAGAAUCUGGAUCUAAUUUUAGUGUUGGUCAGAGACAGCUGGUGUGUCUUGCCAGAGCAGUUCUAAAAAAAAAUCGUAUUCUUAUCAUUGAUGAAGCAACAGCAAAUGUGGACCCAAGAACAGAUGAGUUCAUUCAAAAGACGAUCCGUGAGACCUUUGCUCACUGCACAGUGCUGACCAUUGCACACCGCUUGAACACCAUUAUUGACAGUGAUAGGAUUAUGGUUUUAGAUGCGGGAAGACUGAAAGAAUACGGUGAGCCUUACAUUUUGCUGCAAGAACAAGACAGCUUGUUUUACAAAAUGGUGCAACAAGUGGGCAAGACUGAAGCGGCUGCUCUGAUUGAAACAGCAAAACGGGUAUACUUCAGUAAGAAUUACCCAGAAGUUGUUCAGAAUGGUCAGCUUGCCACAGACUCCUCCUUGGAUCCUUCCUCAGGAUUAUGCAUAACUGAAACUGCACUGUGAUUCCUCAUUGCCUUAACUGUUCUCUGCAGAAUGUAAACCUGAGAUCAUCGAAACUUGGCGUCAACGGGAGAGGAAAGGGAGGGGGGCAAUUCUUUGCACUGGACAUCCUUCCUAUUUAAUACUGAGAAGAAAAUUUAUAUUGUCCCUGUUUCUUUCAUUUCAGUGCAAUAUGUUUUUCUUUCCAGCUAAUUAUGUUUGUAUUGCUAAGGAAAUUAGGCAGAUUCAGUUUUUAUUUGAAAGUUAUGUGGUAGAGAUCUCUUUUAUUUAAACAGGUGCAGGACACCUAACAGGUCUAGUGUGCAUAUUUGGAGCUUAGUAAAAUAAUUGGAACGUGUCCUUCUUUUUUCCUUUAGAAAUAUUUUGAGAGCAAGCAAAACCAAAUUCUUUUCAGUGUCUCUUUAGCAUGACAGCUCUGUCUGAACAGCAGAUUUGGUAGUGUGCAACUCACUUGUCUAGAGGAACUGUCUUUCUACCUGUGACGAGUACCUAUGCAGGCUGGUAGGAAAAAAACUUGAAGAAGCCAAAAACACUUUUUCAUUUUGAUAGAAGAGUACUAUAUACUUUUUUUAAUAAACAGUUCAAAUAAUGCUGUUCAAGAUGAAUGUAAA